GUAAAAUCCAGCCCAUAUCAUUUUGGCCCAGUAAUUAGCUUCGCAGGUUUUCCAAUCCCCACUUCUUACCCAGAGACCACAACCCAGGCCGCGCCACUACCAAUCUCCGCCGACGCCGAAACUCAAUCUCGUCGCCCCACACUCAGGCAGAUUAAUAGAUUGUUACAGAGCUCCACUUUUGCUUUUCGAAUUCUCGUCGGCUGUCUGAGAUAAUGGCUGCUUCUAAUUCUUCUAAACUGUUCCGUGUUGGUCGUUCGAUUCUUGGCGGCAUCACCAAUGGUGCUUCCGGUUCAAUCCGUUCAUCUCCCCAGUCGACACAUUCGGAUUUCUUAUCACAGCAAACGAGAACUUUCAUACAGAUGAGGACAAACCUUAAAGUGGUUGACAACUCGGGAGCCAAAAGGGUAAUGUGCAUACAAGCGUUGAAAGGAAGGAAAGGGGCUCGACUUGGGGACAUGAUAGUGGCCUCGGUUAAGGAAGCUCAUAUGGGUGGGAAAGUGAAAAAGGGAGAUGUUCAUUAUGCGGUAGUUGUUCGUGCCGCAAUGCAAAGAGGAAGGUGUGAUGGGAGUGAAGUCAAGUUUGACGAUAAUGCAGUCGUGCUCAUCAAUAAACAAGGUGAGCCAAUAGGGACUCGAGUUUUUGGCCCGGUUCCCCAUGAGCUGAGGAAGAAGAAGCAUCUCAAGAUUCUUAGUCUUGCCGAGCAUAUUGCU